AUGAUGUCACAGUGUCAUCAAACAAUUGCUAAUAGUUUUGACAACAAAAAAAAAAAAAAAUAUUGUGACAUCGAGAAUUGUGACAGUGAGAAAAUCGAGAAUUGUGACAGUGAGAAAAUCGAGAAUUGUGACAGUGAGAAGGUCGAGAAUUGUGACAUCGAGAAUUGUGACAGUGAGAAAAUCGAGAAUUGUGACAGUGAGAAAGUCGAGAAUUGUGACAGUGAGAAAGUCGAGAAUUGUGACAUCGAGAAUUGUGACAGAGAAUUGUGA